CACAGCAAUUAUACAAUUAUGGAUUAAUUAGCGAGAGAGCGGCUUCAUUAUAGCAACAGAUGAGAGAAUGUUAAAUAACAGAGACGUUAAAGAGCUGAGGCAGCCCACCUGCGGCCUUUAAGCUUCUCUGUGGAUCCUCCUCCUAACCUCCUGUCAACUGGAUACACAAGUACCUCUUCCAUCCCGUCACACACCCUGAAGCCAGCAUGCCCAUCAUCAGUAAUACCAAUCAGGACUUCAGCACCUACUCCAUCAGCAGUGACGACAGCAGCCUUGACCGCUUCUUCACCGAGAUCCCUGAGACUGAGACGAUCAAGGGCGUUUACUUCCAGCGUGCCCAGCUGCUUCGUGACCCCAAAGCCUCGUACGUGGUCGACCACACCUUGCAGGUUCUCAUCAAUGUCGGGGGCAACCGCUACACCUUCCCCUGGAGCACCUUGGAGCAGUUCCCCCAGAGUCGUCUGGGACGUCUGCGCUUCUGCACCACCCCCGAGGAGAUCGCGCGACUCUGUGACGACUACGAUGAGACGUGUCAGGAGUACUUCUUUGACCGAAACCCGACAGCCUUCAGGGUCAUCCUCAAUUUCCUGGCUGCAGGCAAAUUGCGUCUGCUUCGGGAACUGUGUGCUGUCUCGCUGCACGAUGAACUUGACUACUGGGGCGUGGACCCGGGCCAUAUGGAGCGUUGUUGCCGUCGCCGCAUGAUCACCCGUGUAGAGGAGGUGACUGAGCGAGAGCGCAAGGAAGAGGAGUGGAGGCAGAAAAGGGUGAUGCUGAAGAAAAGCAACACACAGGCUGAAAAGGGCCACAGCAGACUGACCUGGAUUCUGCGAGAAGUGGUGGAAAACCCUCAGUCAGGGUUGGCCGGGAAGAUGUUCGCCUGCCUGUCUGUGGUCAUGGUGCUGAUCACUGUCAUCAGCCUGUGCAUCAGCACCAUGCCAGACCUCCGAGAUGAAGGCGACAGGGGCGAGUGCUCCCAGAAGUGCCGCAGCAUGUUUGUGGUGGAGUCCAUCUGCGUGGCGUGGUUCACCUUGGAGUUUGUGCUGCGAUUUGUCAACGCUCAGAGCAAGCUGGCCUUCGCUCGCGGCCCCCUCAACAUCAUCGACGUCAUCGCCAUCCUGCCGUACUACGUGUCCCUGGUCGUCGAUGUGAGAGAUGAGUCACAGGAGGAUGUCAUCAUGGGCGCCGGCAGAGGCUAUCUGGACAAACUGAGCCUGAUCCUGCGCUUGCUGCGGGCCCUGCGGAUCCUGUACGUGAUGCGGCUGGCUCGCCACUCUCUGGGCCUGCAGACGUUGGGGCUCACCAUGCAGCGCAGCAUCAGGGAGUUCGGCCUGCUGCUGCUGUUUGUCUGCGUGGCCGUGACCCUGUUCUCACCUCUGGUCCAUCUAGCAGAGAGUGAACUGGCGCCAUUUGCCGCCACGCACCACCAGCACAGCUUCACCAGCAUCCCGGCCUCCUACUGGUGGGCCAUCAUCUCGAUGACCACGGUGGGCUACGGCGACAUGGUGCCGCGCAGCAUCCCCGGACAGAUAGUCGCACUGACCAGCAUCCUGAGCGGCAUCCUCAUCAUGGCGUUCCCCGCCACGUCCAUCUUCCACACCUUCUCCCGCUCCUACCAGGAGCUCAAGCUGGAGUAUGAGCGGCUGUGGAAGGAGGAGAGAGGCGAGGAAAUAGCCGCGGAGUCGGAGGAGAGUUGGUCCAAAGUCGAUUUGUCACCAGAUGAGCUCACGUCUGUGUCCAAGGAACACAAUGACGGGCGGAUGUCCAGCAGGAAUCAUCCAUCCACACUUCCAUCUACAGCUUUCUGA